CGGUCCGAAAUCUAUCGAAUAAAGCAUCGAAAACAUGCAUCCUAAAUAAUUGUUCUUCAGUAUAUAAAUAAAAUAAAUAAUUAUAAUAAAUAAAUGCAUCCGCGGGCGCCGUAAGCUGUUGGAAAAUGUGUGCGGCACACGCGAAACAAAAGUAAAUCCGUUAUCCGUGCUGGCUAUGGUGACGAGGGACCACUUUACUGAUAAAUACGGCCGACGCCCACUGAACAGUUUCCUUUACAGAGACUUGGAUAAAUGCGAAUUGGACUGGACGCGGAAUACACUUGAGCCGCCAGCGAACGAACGCCGAACGAAAGCGCAAUGUCACAAGUAAUACCAAACACGCCCACACCCCAAAUGCUGACGACAUCAACGCCUAUAGAACCCAUGAAACCACCACCAGCGUUUCCCACGCUUGGCGUCGCUGCACAUUUAAGCGAGCAGGCGUCGGACGUGAUACUACGGGCCUCCACGAUUUUUGGCGAUAUGAAACAUCAUAGCGCGGCGGCGCCUUUGGAUCUCGAGAACGUACACAACGGAGUCGGUGCUGCUGAGACUGAUAACAACGGGAGUGCGAGUGAGGACGGGUCGCCGUACGGUAGCAACUCCAAGAUCCGCAUCAUGCCCACCAUUAAGCUGCUGGCCACACCGCACGUGUCAGAUCCCAAGCGCAAGUUCGUCUGCCCCUACGACAACUGUACAAAGAGCUACGGCAAGAGCUCCCACCUGCGCUCCCACCUCACCUGGCACACGGGUAUCAAGCCCUUCGUCUGCAGCGAGCCCAAGUGCGGCAAGGGCUUCACCCGCUCCGACGAGCUCAACCGGCACCUACGGACGCACACUGGCGAAAAGCCCUUUGAAUGCAUUCAGUGCACCAAGAAGUUCUCGCGCAGCGACCACCUCACAAAGCACCUGGCCACCCACGACAGGCAGCUGAAAAGCAGCCCGCCCAAGCGGUCCGUGCCGAACGCCGUACGACUUAAGCCGUCGAAGAAGCACUCCUCGGAAUCAGAGCCCUCGGGAUUCCACUUCAUGGCCGCCAUGAGCGGCUGUGGCGAUCAGAAUGUGGACCAGCAGCACCAGAUCCACCAACAGCAGCCCGCAGAGAUUGUGGACUACCAACACAAGCCGCUGAAAAUAAAGCUGGAGCGGCCAGAGCACAGUGACAAGUAUCAGAUCGUGGCGCCUCCGCACGCCCCUGAGAACCAGAGCCACAGCCAGCUGCCAUCCUUUCUUAACCAGGCUAAGCCCGAGGUGAAAUACGAGCCGGCCGACGAAAUUGUAAAUACACUGUCUCAGUUACCGCCGCAGGAUGGCCCCGGCACCUACGGCAUGCCUCAGUUCGUGCAGGACCGACCCUUCCGCUGCCGGCAGUGCGAGAAGCGGUUUAAGCGGCAGGACGACCUAAACCGGCACAUACGAACGCACACCGGCGAAAAGCCUUACGCUUGUCCGCAGUGCUGUCGGCGAUUCGUGCGGAGCGACCACUUGAAAAAGCAUCAGCAAACGCAUUUGAAAAUACGAUAGUUUCAUAAUUAACUACUCCAUAAGUCGCAAGCCAUUGGCAUCCAACCCAAUAUUUAUAUUGGCUGAAACGGGCGUGUGUCGGGUGACGCACUCAGUACAAUAAAAUUAAAUAAAUUUGCAAUUUAACAAUAUAUUCCUAUACAUGUUUAAUGCUGGCCCUUAUAUCUCAAUUUGUAUGUAUGUAUGUAUUUGUAAAUAAGUCGUAUGCAAUUUAAUUUUAACUUAAACCUAUCUGUGUUGCCAGAACAUGAAGAUAUAUUUUUAAAAAUUUAAA